AUGUCGUCCUUAUUCGACCUGCUUUCGCAACAGACUCCGACUCUCCAGGUCAGGAAGGGCUUGAUGAUACUCGACCUUCAGAAUGACUUUCUAUCGCCAGCCGGAAAACUGGCUGUAUCGGACACCGAAUUUCUGAAGCCGCUUUCAAAACUCGUCGCAUCAUUUCGCGAGCGCGGAGACGUCUUCUGGGUGCGGUCACAGUUCGAAACCACACGCUCAAUAAACGGACCCGACGCAGAAGGAGACAAUGUGCUCGCAGGUGGCUCAUCUGGCAAAGAAGUCGAGAUGCCGUUCUCCGAUGAUUACGAGAGCGACCAGUUUCCAACAAAGGAACCGGAAUCUCCUGCGAUUCUUAACGAAGAUGGGGAAGAUGACGAAGAGCUGUUUCUGAGUCGCACUUGCGACCGCGAGCCUUGCUGUAUACGCGGAAGCCAUGGCGCCGAAUACUUCUCCGAGGUCCUACCACUCAUCCAUGAAGGGAAAGACCUUCAGAUGACCAAGACCCACUAUUCGGCAUUCUCCUCAACCUCACUGCUCCUGACCCUUCGUGGAAAGCUCAUUACCGAGUUAUACAUAUGCGGUUGCAUUACCAACUUAUCUGUGUAUGCAACGGCUAUGGAUGCAGCUCGCUAUGGGAUCAAAGUUACAUUGGUGGACGAUUGUCUCGGCUACCGCAGACAGGAAAAGCAUGACCUUGCCAUCGAGCAGCUCGAAGAGUUCAUGGAUGCCACAUCCAUGGGCAGUGUCCAAAUCUUGCGAGCUCUUCGCGGUUCACCGGGCCAACAACAUCACAACGACAUGGAUUUGCGCGAGGCGCGUCAGUCUCAAAAUGAGGCGAGUGCUCUGGAGGUGGACAGCGACGAUAGCGAUGAAGAAGAUGAAGAGCAGCAAUGCAGCAGCGCAAAGCUUCCCAUGAGUAUAUCGAGUCUUCAAGGACUCAUUGGGGCAACCCAAAGGUGUCAACAAAGCCACCCCCGAAAUCUAAAGACCGUCACUCCGGUUCAACCUACCACGACCCGUCCACCCCAGAGCACAACUCACCUCGUCGUGACGGCGGCCAAUUGA